AUAGGUAGUAACUCAAUUCCAAAUUUCUUUCGCAUCAUGAAGCGACAGUUUACUGAAACGGAGUGGAGUGUAAUCAAGUCUAUGAGUAAUGAAUGGAUGCAGCUGGAUAUGUUUCACCGGCACUGGGCCUUAAAGGAAAGCUUCUUAAAGGCUAUUGGAGUUGGAAUUGGCUUUAACUUGCAAAGAAUUGAAUUUAAUGUAUCCCCAUUGCAACUGGAAAUAGGGAAGGUGUAUAAGGAGACAAAAAUGCUUCUGGAUGGAGACACAGAAGAAGGGUGGACAUUUGAGGAAACCCGGUUAGAUGACCAUCAUCAUGUUGCAGUGGCUCUUGGGAAACAGGAGGGAUAUGGACAGAAGCAUUUUGAUGUAUAUACCAUGGAGCCUAACCAACCACAGUUUACAUUACUGACUUUUGAAGAUUUAGUUGCAUCUGGUAUUCCAGUCGCACCUGAGGAUUCUGCAUAUUGGGAUAAUUUUUGUUCUAAGCCUGAGAGUCCAGUGAAACAGAAUUCACAUUCAAGAUAA